GAGUUCAUAUCUGGUCACCAGGUUGGACUUUCUGUCCUCUCAUCUGUUUGCCAUGCCUCCAUGUGGUCCCUGGUUCCCUGAAGGCACCUGUACUUGGUUAAAUUCCCUUUUGAGUUCCUUGGUGUGUCCCCAGGACUUCUUUGGUCUCUCAGGACCCCUCUAAAUAUAGUAAAUACAGUAAAUAAUUCACUUUGCAACCAGAGAGAUUUUUGAGAAGGGAUUCUAGUUCUGGUAGAAGUUAGGAAUUAUAUCUGGUCUUGCUAGAAAUUAAUUUGGUUUCUUCAGUAGGAAGCUCUUCUUAUCUAUUUAAAUACAAUUCUGUGUUUGUCCCAGUAAAUUAACUACUGACCCAGUCAGACGAGUGUUGUGGCAAAAGAGUAGGUCCCUCGCUUUCCAGGAACAGUCUGUGUCUCUGCUUGGGUCUUUGCACUGGGCAGGACACCCAAUGCUCCCCGGUGGCCACCCAAGCUCCAGGAUGGGCCGAGGCUGAGCAGUGCCUGUACCUGGUGUGCACAGCUUGUUCUUGGAGCAGUGAUUGUAUGUGGGGUGGUCAGGAGUUGCAAGGUGGUUUAAUAUUCUAAUUCUAAAAGAAAAUUCUAAUUUGGGAAGAAAUUCUUCCCUCUGAGGGUGGGGAGACCCUGGCCCAGGUUGCCCAGGGAAGCUGUGGCUGCCCCAUCCCUGGCAGUGUUGAAGGGCAGGUUGGAUGGGGCUUGGAGGAACCUGGUCUGGUGGGAGGUGUCCCUGCCCGUGCAGGGGCUGGGACUGGAUGAGCUUUAAGUUCCAUGUGCAGAAAAUUCUGAACCUGUUGAGAGUAAUUAGCAUAGGAUGUAAUGAGGAUACGGGCAAUGUUCUACAGCCCCAGUGUGAUGAUUUGAUGUCAUAGCAAAAUCUUGAUUUAAACAAGGUUCUUCCUGGGUUUAAUCGUGAAAGACACGUUGAAGUUGCUGAUACAGAUUAUUAAGCAGGGCAGAUCUUAGAAUAGCUCAUGAAGUGUAAAUCCCUGCUUUAGUGUACAAGUCAGAUAACAAAGGUACCCCACCCACUGCUGCAGGGAAAGCAGUUUGGCUUAAGUGUCCUGCUUCUUCCCACCAGUUCCAGCACUUUGGAUUUGCUGGGCAGUUGUCUUUGUGAAACUUGCUAUCUCCACCUGUGCUGGUCCCAGCCCUACUCCUGCUUCAGGCCAGGAAGAAGCCAGUUUGCAUCACUCUUCUAAAUGUGAUGUUUUCUGCCUGGAAAGCCAGGUGGGGGUCGUGUCCUUCCCAGCAUCUCCCCUGGGGUGAGCAGUGGUGGAGAACCUGGGCUGUGAUGUGGUCCUGAUCUCCUGCACUUGGGACUCCUUGUGUUCCCAGCCUGAGCCCAAGCUGUUAUGCUCCAGCUGCAGCAAGGGAUGGGUUGUUAGGCUAUAGGGAAGACUUUCUAAGAGCCACAUCUCUGUGUGAGGAGCACUGGAAACAGCAUUUCAACAGGGUUUUGAGACUGUUUUGAGACUUUUUUUUUUUUUUCUUCUUCCCAUUUCUGAGUUUACUGUAGAAGGAAUAUUGGGUUUUUUUCUACUGGUUCUGUUGCAUAUUAUUGAAGUUAUUGACAUAAUAUUUUCCUAUAGGACUGAUAGUAAGAUCAUCUAGCAGGGUUUUGGGUGAGCACCUGAAAUACCUCUAUAUCUGGCGUUUCAGCAUUUCUCAAGAAAUCUGCAGGCACAGUGGGCACAAUGUUUGUCAGGGCAUGGGACAACUGGUGGCCCUUCCCAGUCACCCAUGACAUGACACAUUGUCCUUAGAGCCUUUGCAGCAUGCAGCAGGUGCCUUCAAGGCUGGAACUGUCUGAAAUUCAUGCACCUUCUGGGCUUGUAGCAGAACCCAGAGCAUGUGGGACAUCAGAGCACAGGAGGUACCCGCAGGGCAGGACUUGGAAGAGCAGCUCCUGAGGAGCAGCUGAGGGGGCUUAGGGGUGCAGACACAGGACAGGAGCUGUUUGAAGGAGGGGGGCUCCUUUCUUGAGGGUUCAGGAGAAAAGUGGUUUCUAAAUUUUUGGGACCAAGGGAUGGUUGGGAAAGGGAAGCAGGUUCACCAGUUGUCCUCAGGCUGGUUUUCCAGUCAGACUCAGCUGUCAAUGAGAUCUGUUCUGUUUGGGUGGCUCUGCAGCCAAUACAAGGUAUGACAAAGCUACAUGAAAUACAGUGUCACCUGUUCGGGCCUCAGUGUUACCAUGCAUGGAGAUGGCUGUCAGAGAGUCUGCCCUGGAAAUGAGAUAGUCUAUUUUGAGAUAGUCUAUUCCAAGGAUGCAAGGGCCAGUCACAAUAGGUCUUGUCCCCACAGGAGGCCCUGAGGUAUGAGCUCUGGUGACAAUAAUGCUGAAGUAGAUGGUGGGCUUUUUGGAGUGAGGUGGUACUGGAAGGGAUUAGGUGGUUUAAGGCUAUUUUAAUAGGGACACAUCAUGGCUUAGGUGUGAGAGCAGGAAACUUUGUCAGCACUAGUGCUCAGAGAGCUGGGAUGAUUGGCUGUACAAAGCAGGACACAGAGGGAACAGCACCCAUUGCUCAUGUGGUGUGUGAGAUAUACCUUCCAAUAUGUUGCCCAGAACUCUGAGGUCUCUGCUCCCUUGUGCCUUUUAGUCACCACGUUCCCUGACUCAGUUUUCAUGUCCAUCCCUUCACCCUCCAUCCAGAUGUUAUGGCCACUUGUCAUGGUUUGGGCCCAACACAACCACAAAGAACCAGCCCCGAGGCCACUCACUCCACUCUCCCCCCUCACACACACUCUGGGAUGAGGAGGACAAAGCUCAUGGGUUGAGACAAAGGACAAGGAGGGCUCUUCACCGAUUAAGUUCCCAAGCAAAACAGACUCAACUUGGGGAAAAAAAUAAUAAUUUAAUUUGACACUAAUCACACUGAAAUAAAAAUUUGGAGCUCCCAAACCCCUUGCUUUCUAACACUCCUCAGCAAAGUAGGAGGCUAGGUGCAGCUGGGUAAGGAUUCUGAGAUAAAGACCCAAUAACAACAAACAAGCUGUUAUUGAGCAGGGAUUCUUUAUUGCAGUGCUGGGAAGCACUGGGGAUUCUCCACCAUAAGUGCUCCAAUGGGUUAGCAAAACACCCCAACUGGCUGGUUUUGGAGCAUGGGGAGCUUCUCAGCUUCUUGCUUGGAACCACCCCUGGUGUACUUCCCCUGCUACCAAAAAUAUUUAUGUAUAUGCCAGAAUGUCCCCUGCCAUUAUUAGGAUGUGAUUUGUUGUGUAAAUUGAAUGCUCAAGUAACCUUUUCUGAGAAUUCUGUGCAGUUACCUGUUCCACAGGAGAUGGCAAGGCACAGAUUUGCCUGCUGCCAGAGGCACGUUCUAGUGAGGAACCUGAAUAUGACAUUCCAGACACAAGGAUAAAUGCAGCAAUCCCUCUGCUCAGCAUUUAGAAGACCCAGGCACAGCAAAUAACGUGACACCUAUUAAGAUAGAGUUAAAUCCUGGAGCUCAUCAGUUUUGGAUUUGAAGGACAUUUUCUUCUGCAUCCUGGUGGACAAGGCACGCCAGACCGUUAUAGUAUUUGAAUUGGAAAAUCUGACAAUUUGGAGGAGAGCACAGCUGUGUUGGGUGGUGCUUCCACCAGGAUUCAAGAACAGCCCCUACCCUGUUUGGUAAUGUACUAGCAAAAGAACUGAAACGGUGUCAAGGUGACAACCAAGACAUCAUGCUGUUGCAGUACAUCGAUGACCCAUUGAUUGGUGCCAAUUGCAGAAGAGGAACUUCUACAAGGUGACUGUUUGAUUACUAACCCACAGAUCUAUGCCAGCAGACCUGAUUUAAAAGAUGAACCACUGAGUAAUUCAGACAUGGACAGAUAAUGCCCACAAGAGAAUUAAAUAUAAAGCCACCCCAGUACACAGUAAAGGAGAACCAAUGGGCAGCAACAUGAAAAUACUCAAAGGAUAAGAAGGCUGGUGGGUUACCCCAAACGAACAAGUUCUUCCCUCCUCCAAGAUGAUGGAAACCCUUAAGAGGAGCCAUGAGGAAAUUCACAUGGGUCCAGACACACUGGUGACCAACAUUAAAAGAUCUGCCAUUGGGCCAAAAAUGUAGACUAAAGAAGACAUCAUAGUGAAAAGACACAACACUUGUACACACAUCCCCAAGAUACAAAGAAAACCCCCAGCAGGGAAAGUAAAAAGAGGAAUCACUCCAGGGGAAACUGGCAAAUAGAUUUUUCUGAGUUACCAAAAAUGUAAUUUGUACAAGUAUUUUCCUUUUCAGGAUGGCCAGAGGCUUUUCCUUGCCACACCAAUCGGGCCAGGGAAGUUACUAAAAUCUUGUUGAAAGAGAUAAUUCCUAGGUUUGGAAUUACCAAGGGCCUGUCUUCUGAUAAUGUACCCCAGCCCGUUGUGGAGGUGGUCUAAGGAGUGUCCAAUUUCCCACAAUUCAAAUGGGACUUGCACACCCCAUGAAAUCCACAGUCUAAUGGGAAGGUAGAGAGAAUGAAUCAGACCAUUAAAUGAUAAAUUGCUAAAUUAUGCCAGGAAACCGACCUGAAAUGGAUUUGUGUUUUCCCUGUGGCCUUCCUGAAAAUGAGAAUCACUCCAAGAACCAGGGAAGGAAUGAGCCCCUUUGUGAUUCUGUGUGGUGAACCUCAUCCAGUUAACAGCGUUGGAACAAGUGAACAGAUGAUAUCAAAGGGAAGGGGAUGUCGAAAGAUUAUUUGCUGUCUCUGUUGUGGGUUUUGUCAUCCCAUCACAGGUACCUGAACCAGAGAGCUCCUCUGCCUUUGGACUCACCUGUGCAUCACUGCCAACCAGGAGAUGCAGUCUACAUCUGGACCUAGAAGGAGGAGCCACUGAAGGAGAAGUGGAAGGGAGCCUGUGCUGCCCUGCUGACCAUGUUCACUGCAGUGAUGGAUACCCAGCUUUCCAGAUGGGUUCCAGGGCUGACACAUCAGAUCUCCUCGAUGGGGCUCCUGUUUCACCUCCUUGGCUGGAUCCUGUGCCAGUAACCUGGCAUCCCAGGGGUCCUCAAAGAGCAAAGUUUCCUUCCAAAAGAAGGAAGCGUUCUCAGCAGUCUUCAGAAGAACUACAGAAAAACCUUGAAGUAUUGGAGAAAGCAGCAUAUGAGGCCAAUCAUGAGGCUGUGGAGAAGAAGCUGCUCCAGGAAGGAGGUGGUGACCCAGGGCCAGUGUCUGCUGAAGGAGCCACUCCAUCCACAGGCAUGCCAGGUGUGGAUGGCAAAAGAAACUCAGAUACAGUGGGUGUUAAAGACUUCGAGGAGUACUUCUCUGAAGGCGCCAUGGCAGGCUUCAGCUCCAUCCUGAUUGUGAUGUUUAUAAGUUGUGUGAUCUUCCUGUGGAUAAAAAAAUCACAGUGCUUCUCCACAGCUUUGGGAACCCAGUCCCUCACCAGCAGCAGCCCCUGGCACACAGACAAGGAGUUCUGCAUCCCCUUGUACCCCCGAGAGCCAGACCCAACACCAGCAGCCUCUUCCUGUGCCCAGAAUACUGCCCCCCCCUGCCAUGGGGCCCUGAGGGGACCAGUGCCUGUGGGCUCAACCACCAUUCACCCUGCCCACCUACCCCCAGGGACCAGCAGGACCAGCCUAGGGCUCCCCAGCCUCCUUAGGAAAUGAAACCAUCUCUUUGCCCCCUAAGCCCAUCAUACUGGUCCUCAUGCAAGGGCUUGAGGCAGCCCCACCAGGGGCUUGGGGGUGCAAUGACAGACUUCUCAUGGACAGCUUCAGGGGUCAACAGUUAGCUGAAUAAAUAAUGACAGGACAGGGGACAAUGGACAGAAACUGGAACACAAGAAGUUCCAUCUGAACAUGAGGAAGAACUUCCUGACUUUGAGGAUACUCACCCUCAACUGCACUGAGAGAUUCUGUAUAACCUGCUCUAGGUGAAUCUGCUCUAGCAGGGCCAUUGGACUAGAUGAUCUCCAGAGGUCCUUUCUGAGCCCUACCAUUCUGUGAGUCUGUGAUAAAACCAUGGGAAUUUUCUGGGUCAUCAUGGCAGAGGAAUUGACCAGUUUUGGGCUGAACUUCAUCUGGGGGACACAGGUGCCUGUGCUGUCAGCAGGCAGGGAGCUGAGCAUGGGACUUGCCAACCAAAAAUAUGAGAGUUUGGACCAUAAAAAGGAGGCAAGAGGAGAGUAAUUGUUAUAGGAGAUUCCCUUCUGAAGGGAACUGAGGGUCCCCUAUGCAGGCCAGACCCUUCUCACAGAAGAGUCUGCUGCCUCCCUGGGACUCAGGUUAGGGAUAUAACCAGGAAACUUCCUGGUCUGGUGUGGUCCUUUGAUUACUCCCUGCUACUGGUCAUGCAGGUGGGCAGUGAUGAGAUUGACAAAGGAAGUCCCAAGGCAAUAAAAAGGGACUUCAGGGCACUGGGCUGAAUGGUUGCGAGACUGGGAACAGAGGUGGUGUUUUCUUCAUUUCCUUCAGUGGUGGAGAAUACUGAAAGGAACAGGAAAGCACAGGUGAUGAACACGUGGCUCAGAGGCUGGUCCCAUGGGUGGAAUGUUGGGUUCUUUGACAAUGGGGAUGUUUACACAGCACUGGGCCUGGUGGCCAAAGAUGGAGGGGAACUGUCACCAAAGGAGAAAAGGAUCCUAGGCUAGGAGUUGGUGGGGCUCACUGAGAGGGCUUUAAACUAGGUUUGGAGGGGGAAGCAGAUAAAACCAGGCCCAAUAGGGAUGAGCCAUGAGGUGACAAAAGGGCGAGAGCGUGUAGGGUGCUUUGACCUAGAUGCAAAGUGGGAUGGAGAUAUAACUGGGCUUGCUUGAGAGGGGCCUGGGUGUAGUAGCUCAAGACCUGUAGGGCAGAGUGCUAGUACAUUUGAAAACCAGAAGGCCUACCACCCCUCAAAAGCCAGCAGGGAAACUCCCAUGAAACACCUCAAGGGAAUUAAGGGGUGUUCCUCUAAAAAGAUGUGAAGGCCAAUGGCCCACCAGAAGUGCUUUUAAAUGAAUGCACACAGCAUGGAAAACAAACAGGACAAGUUGGAAGCUACCAUGUUGCUGGAAGACUGUGACUUUGUGGCUAUUACUGAAACUUGGGGGGACUACUCCUGUGACUGGAGUGUGGCUAUCAAUGGCUACAAGCUGUUGGGAAGGGACAGGUGAAGAAGGAGGGCUGGAGGUGUUGCCCUCAAUGCUAAGAAUUGAGAUGUCCCUAAAGAAGAGCCAAGAGCAAGUUGAGAGCUUAUGGGUAAGAAUCAGAGACUGAAGCAAUAAGGGGACCCUUGUGGUUGGUGUUUGCUGCAGGCCUCUUGAUCAAGGGGAGCCUAUUGAUGAAGCUGUCUUACUCCAGCUCCAGGAGGCAUUGCCCUCCCAGGCUCUUAUCCUGCUGGGGGAUUUCAGCCACCCCAACAUCUGCUGGAAAAGUAACAUGGGGAGCUGUACGUGACCCAGGAGAUUCCUGGAGUGCUUUGAGGAUAACUUCUUAAGUCAGGAAUAGAUGGCCCUGCCUGAGGGGAUGUGAUACUGGACCUGCUAGUCACCAAUGCAGGCGAGCUCAUCAGGGAUGUCAAGAUUGGAGGCAGCCUGGGCUGCAGUGACCAUGCACUGGUGGAGUUCACAGAGCUCAGGGAUACAAGUCAGGUGAGGAGUAUAGUCAGGAUCCUGAAUUUUAGGAAAGCAAACUUUCAGCUCUUCCCCCUGGGAAACAGUCCUCAGGGACAUGGGAGCAGAACAGAGCUGGCAGAUCUUUUAGGAUGCUUUCCAUAGAGCACAAGAGUUCUUGAUCCCCAGGUGUAAGAAAUAACUGAGGAAGGGAAGAGACCAGCAUGGCUGACUCGAGACCUGCUGGCCAAAUGAAAAGGCAAGAAGGAACUGCACAGGCAGUUCCAGCAGAGCCUGGUAUCUUUGGAAGAGCACAGGGACACUGCCUGGUGCAGGGAUGGGGUCAGGACAGCCAAGGUGUGUCUGGAGCUGAACUGGGCAAGGGAUGCGAAGAAUAACAAGAAGGGUUUCUACAGGUGUAUCCAGCAGAAAGGGAAGGUUAAAGACAGUGUCCCCCCCAAUAAGCAAGGAUCGCAAACUAGUAACAAUAGACAAGGAGAAGGCUGAGGUUCUCAACAACUUUUUUGCCUCUGUCUUCACCUCUCUCCUUACACCUCCUGAGUUGAAGACCCUCAAGAUGAGGACCAGGGGGAGGAAGUCCCUCCCACUGUAAGAGAAGACAAGGUUCAGGAUCACCUGAGGAACCUGAACGUACAUAAGUCUAUAGGAUCUAAUGAGAUGCAUCCUGGAAUCCUGAGGGGCUUGCUUGAGAGGGAACUGGCUGAUGCAUUUGACAAGCACCUCUCCAUGAUAUUUGAAAAGUCAUGGCAGUCAGGUGAAAUUCCUGGUGACUGGAAAAAAGAAAACAUCACACCCAUUUUUAAAAAGGGUAGAAAGGAGGACCCUGGAAACUACCAGCCUGUCAGCCUCAUCUCUGUGCCUGGGAAGAUCAUGGAGCAGAUCCUCCUAGAAGAUAUGCUGAGGCACAUGGAGGACAGGGAGAUGAUUCAGGACAGCCAGCAGGGCUUUACUGAGGGAAAAUCCUGCCUGACCAACCUAGUGGCUUUCUACAAUGGAGUGACUGCAUCAGUGGACAAGGGAAGACCUACAGAUGUCAUCUAUCUGGACUUCUGCAAGGCCUUUGACAUGGUCCCCCACAACAUCCUUCUCUCUAAGUUGGAGAGACAGGGUUUGAUGGGUGGACGGUUCAGUGGAUAAGGAAUUGGGUGGAUGGUCACAUCCAAAAGGUAGUGGUCAAUGGCUCGAUAUUCAGAUGGAAAAUGUCCCUCAGGGGGCCGUACUGGGAUCAGUGCUGUUUAGUAUCUACAACAGUGAUACAGACAGUGGGAUCAGGGCAACCUCAGCAAGUUUGCAGAUGACACCAAGCUGACUGGUAAGGUCGGUAAGCCAGAGGCAUGGGAUGUUUAUCCAGAAGGACCUGGACAAGCUAUAGAAGUGGGCCUGAGAGAACCUCAUGAGGUUCAACAAGGGCGAGUACAAGAUUCUCCACCUGAGUAGGAGGUAUCCUCAUUGUCAACACAGGCUGGCCAUGAGGUGAUAGAGCAGCCCUGUAGAAAGGGACUUGGGAGUGCAAGAACUGGGGCCCAGAACUGAACUCAGGGGUCGAGUACAGCCCUGCUGACCUGCUGCUUGGAAACCUGCUCUGCCGUGGAGCCGGACCCUGCCUGCCUGCCCGGGAAUCGAACCGGAGCACAAGGGUGAGAGCGCCGGACCCUUCCCGCUGCUGCCGGAGCUCCCGUUGCCGGGGAAACCGGUGCCGCCAGGACCUGCUGGGGCGGCUCCCGCUGCGGCCGCCGCUGCCGGGAGCAGCCGCCGCGGGGGCUGCGCGCUCCCCGAGCCAGCUCGCCGCAGACACCGCCGCCGGGGCGGCUGCACCGCUGCCGCCUCGGGACAGAAGCCCGCACAAGCCUGCUCGCUGGAAGAGGAGCCGCUACCUGGGGAGCAGCUACUUGGAACCUGCACACCGAGACCUCGCAGGAGGGUAAGAAAAUGGCGCACCCUACCCCUUAAAUUCCUUGCCUCACCGCUAUUCCGCCCCCAUACUCGCACACACACCGCGACCUCAUCCCUUUUGCUCCUUUGAUCGUUGCACUCCUCCCUCGGAGUGUACAUUUAAUAAGGGCAUAGUACUUUUGAAUUAUUUCCCUGACAUAUCCCUUAGCCUAGCUCUCCCGAACCUUGUCCCUUAGUUUGGCUUUCCCUUAAUAAACCGGUUAAUUCGUAAAUUAAA